AUCCAGUCAGUAUUCAUAUUAAUCAUCUCUUGAAUAUUUGUCUGGUUUUGUCUUUACAUAGCUGUGACUCCUAAUUAAUUCAAAUCAGAACAGAGUAUCAGUUCUGUUCUGUAGUCUUUUUGUACUCUUAUAUUGUGCUUUCAAGAAAAGACAAUUACAAGCUUAUCAGCUGAUUUAUCAGUCCACUUUUCAUCAUAGCUCCAUUGUUUGGAUAUUCCCAAUCAAGAAUCAUCUAAUACUUUCGAACCCAAUAAACCUUUUGUCUCUUAAACUCAUCUGAAAAUUGGAACGAUCAAUGUUUUCCCUGCAAAGAAACUUAAAUCAAUUGAGAAAACUUUCUAAUCAAUCAAGAUCUAAAUCUUACAUUGUUAACCUUGAUAAUAUUAAUCAAAAUGUUAAGAGAAUAGAGUAUGCAGUUCGAGGGCCUUUGGUGAUUCGAGCCGGGGAAAUCGAGAAGGAAUUGAAGGCUGGUACAAGUAAUAAAUCCUUUAGUGAAGUAAUUCGAGCAAACAUUGGGGAUUGUCAUGCGACUGGACAAAAACCAUUGACUUAUUUUCGCCAAGUGAUUGCUUGUUGCACAGAUACAUCGCUAUUGGAUUCUCCGAAGUACCCGAAUGAUGUGAAAGAAAAGGUUAAACUUCUACUUUCCUAUUGUGGCGGUAACUCGGUUGGAGCUUAUUCUGACUCGGCCGGUAUAGAGAUUGCUCGUCAGCAUUGUGCUGAGUAUAUUGCAGAACGGGAUGGAAUACCCAGUAAUUGGCAAGACAUUGUAUUAACUACUGGUGCAUCUGAAGGAGUUAGAGCUGUAUUAGCUUUAAUCAAUUCUUCUUCAACUGAUGAUAAACCAUCUGGAGUUUUAAUUCCUAUUCCUCAAUAUCCAUUAUACACUGCAACUAUUGCUGAAUAUGCUAUGCAUCCUAUUAAAUACUAUUUAGAUGAAGAAAAUGAAUGGCAACUAAACAUUAAAGAACUCAAACGAGCUUUGGAUAAUGACAGAUCAUUGUGUAAACCAAAGGCCAUUGUCAUAAUUAAUCCAGGUAAUCCUACUGGAUCAGUUUUAAGCAAAGAAAAUAUCAAAGAAAUAAUCAAAUUCGCCAAAGAAGAGGGUCUAAUGAUUAUUGCUGAUGAAGUUUAUCAACACAAUAUUUACAAAGAAGGUGCUGCUUUUCAUUCUUUCAAAAAAGUGAUGCAUGAAAUGGGACUUGAAAUUGAGCUAGCGUCUUUAAUGUCCUCAUCCAAGGGAUAUAUGGGAGAAUGUGGACUUCGAGGGGGUUAUUGUGAGUUCAUUAAUCUUCAGCCCGAAGUCAAAGCUCUUUUCUUGAAAAUGUUAUCUGCCCGAUUAUGCUGUUCAAUUCUUGGUCAGAUAGCAAUGGACUGUGUUGUUUCCCCACCAAAACCUGGUGACCAAUCAUACGAUUUGUUUGCUUCUGAGAAAAAUGCAAUACUCGAAUCUUUAAAAGCUAAAGCAAAAUUAGCUGCUGAAACAUUCAACUCAAUUCCAAACAUGAAAUCUAAUCCAGUUGCUGGAGCAAUGUACGCAUUUCCACAAAUAAUCUUACCCGAGAAGGCAAUAAAAGAGGCACGAGAUAAAAAUAUGGAACCAGAUUUCUUUUAUGCUAAAAAUCUAUUGGAAAAAACUGGCAUCUGUAUUGUUCCAGGUUCAGGGUUCGGCCAAAUACCUGGUACAUAUCAUUUCCGAACAACCAUUCUACCCCAACUUGGUGAACUGAGAAAAAUGAUGGAUCGUCUGAAAGUUUUCCACUUACAAUUUCUCGAAGAUUAUAAAUGAUAUUACUCAAUGAAUUGAUACUCAAUGGAUCAGGAAAUUGGACGAGAAAAGUUCUUGUUUAAAGGGGAUUACCAAAGUCGAAUCGAUUCGUUUAUGUCUUGCAAUUUAUCAAGAAAUUUAUUGAGCUACAUUUUCUUUUUUCGUCGGAUCCUCUCUCAGUUUGCGUGUUGAAUAAACUUAUUGAAUCGAUUUGGGUUAUUUCAUUCGAAACCCCCUGAUACAAAAUUUUAUUCAGAGUCUGUCAUAGUAUUUAAAUACUACAGACAAAAAACUUCUUUCAAAGUGUUUAGAUUAUGUUUUAUGGUGCUAAACAUUUAAUUUGAUCAGUUUAUUGGUGAUUGCUUUGUUGAUUCUAUUCUAAAUUUAAACUAAAUCUUGUUUUAUAUAAAUGUUUUUUAUCAUUGUUAAAAAUUGACUUACGCAUAAUGUAAAUGAGUGUUUCGUGCUAUUGAACAAUCACAAAAAAGCAUAAGUUCAAUCAGAUGCAUAAAAAGACAAAAAAAUUUACCAUGUUAUUUUAAUUAAUAAAAGUUUGAAAUUAUUCUUA